AUGAUGAUGAUGCGUUCAGACCCCCAUUCUGAUGAAUGGUUUUUUCGUCGGGACGACAACGAAGGCGACGAUGACGACGGCAGAUGCGCAUAUCUAUGCUCGGAUCGAUGUGCGGCGCUUUCCAUGUCACUUGCAAUGAGUUCUCUCAACGGCAGCAGCAGCAGCAGAAGCUUCACUUCACCAACACUCAUUCAUUUCAAUGGCGCUUCAGAUGAGCGCGCUGUCGCCGCCGAUCCAUCCCACACUCAUGCAAUCCCCAAAAUGGCGAAGACACAAAUUGUGCAUGUUUACAAUGCUGUAAAAAGGGCAAAGCGCAAAAGUUACACUUCAGCAAAUCGUGACUGA